GUCCCUAUCUCCUUUUUUCCUAAUCGAGAUUAGAUCUUUCUAGGGUUUUUAUAUAUUGCUCGGUUCAUUUUUCAUAACUCCACCAAAUUUGAAUCCUCUCAGUGAUAACAUAUCUUCUUGAAAACUCUUCAAGUAUCUUCCCUCAUUUUCCAAUGGGAGAUGCUGAGAAUUCUCUUCAACCAUCAAAGAAAAGGGCAGCUAUAAAGGAAUUAUCACGAGACAAUCCUGGUCUCGAUGAUGAUGAAAAUGAAGCUGAGCUAGAGACUGGGUCUUUUAAGAAAGCAAGUGAGGAGGUGAUGGCAAGUAGAAGAAUUGUCAAAGUUCGUCGCAGUCAAACUACCUCAUCUACAGCUACACCUUCAGCUAACCCCUUUGCAGCAAUCCGCUUAGUUCCACCCACUGAGUCCAGUAUCCCGUCUACUGUGAUAACCAGUGAAGUUGAGAGUGGGAUAACAAGUUCAGGUAUACCAGAAGAUAAAAAUGACAUUGGUGAGGCAACUAGAAAGGAGACAAGUGAUGUGUGUAAGGAAGAGAUGAAGGAACCUGAUCAAAUUUCUAAGCCAUCAGAAGGUGAUGUUGAUAAAUCCAAUGUUGUCAAGGAGAAAGUUGAAACUCCUAAUGAGGCUGACAAACCUGAAUCUGCUGAAGAGAAGGUAGCAGAUGAUGAGAAAGUCCAGGUUCAAACCAAGGAAGGCACAGUAGUUGAGAAGAGCGAAAAUGACAGUAAGAAGGAUGUGGAGGUCGCGAAAACAAAGAAUGAAGAACAAAAUGAUACUGGUGGUGAGAAAAGUGAGAAGGGUGCAGAAACUGCUUCUUUCAGCUCAUUCCAACAACUCUCAAGUGGCCAAAAUGCUUUCACAGGAUUUUCAGGGACUGGGUUCUCCAGCACUACUUUCUCCUUUGGAGGUAUUUCAAAAGAGGGAUCUUCUCUAGGUUUUGGUUCUGAAUCAGGUGCUGGUUCUCUCUUUGGAGCAAAAAGUGACCAGUCACCAUUUGGACUUAAUCUUCCCACUAAUGGAAGUACUACUCUGUUUGGAAAUUCGGGGUCAUCCCUUGUGAAUAAGAGUGAGGGUACUGGAUUUCCUUCCAAAGAAGAGGUCACUGUUGAAACAGGGGAGGAAAAUGAAAAACCCGUAUUCGCUGCUGAUUCCGUGCUGUUUGAAUAUCUUAAUGGAGGGUGGAAAGAGCGGGGAAAGGGAGAACUAAAGGUUAAUGUUUCUACAACAGGGGAAGGAAAAGGUAGACUUGUUAUGAGGACCAAAGGAAAUUACAGAUUGAUCUUGAAUGCGAGCCUUUUUCCAGAAAUGAAGCUUGCUAAUAUGGACAAAAGAGGGGUCACUUUUGCUUGCUUGAAUAGUGCUGCUGACGGGAAAGGACUUUCUACUAUUGCUCUGAAGUUCAAGGAUGCCUCCAUCGUGGAAGAUUUUCGUGCUGCUGUAGUGGAACAUAAAGGUACUACAACUGGUUCUUUGAAGACACCAGAAAACUCUCCUAAAGCUUAAGAUGAUUGAUACCGCAGUAUAGUUGCAUAGUGACUUAUUUCAUCAUGGAAUGUGCCCUACUAUUUUCCUUUAGUUGCAGAGAAGAAUAGGAACGAUGAGAGAAUAUUUUGUCCAAGAGGUAAGAAACUUGUAAGCCCACAUACUUAGUUGACUAUAUCCAUUACAGCGCGCUCUCUAUUCAUCUGUUGUAGACUUUGUCUGAGUAACUUAUAAUGGGUUUACUCUCUUUUUGUGGGAUGUUGAAUUACCGCCGUUGUGUUUUCUUCUUGUCGCGAACCUGUUCAAUAAUUUUAGUUGAUGAGCUCUUAAUGUA